UCGAAAGAGGGGAAAUCAGUUGCAAAAAAGCUAAAGGUAUAAUUGUUGUUUUCUAUAAUUCAAAUCCAGUUUCAUCGCCAUUUCUCUUCAACUGUAAAUUUUUGGGUAUGGUUUCCCAGCAAAGGAUGCUGUUGAAAUCAGAGAUACGCCACCAAGAAAGAGGCGAUGAAGGGCAAAGGUGUGUCGGAGGAUUAAGGUCAUACACAAAAACAAGAAUUGGCAAGAAAAAGUUUUGGUCUUCGUCUUCGAUUGGGGUGAUGACAAGUCUCACCGGAAAAGGGGGAAUCACUAUAUCAGAUGGUGGAAAAAAGAUGUACAAAAGGAGCAUCCAGAAAGCGAAAGAAACUACUAGGCUGAAGAGAAGGAAAGCAGUACUGAGAAAUAAGAUAGAGCAGAAGACGUUGAUGAGGGAGUCACUACAGGCGAGUAAACGAGAUGCCGCAGAGGGUAUGUCACGGUAUAGGUUGUCGAAGAUGAUGAGGAAUGAGCUAAGGGAUGAGGUGAAUAGAGUUAUCAACGACUUUGUGAGGUUGCGGGCAUUGGAGAUAUUGGUGAUGCAGGAGAUGGGUUUCUUUUGAAACUCCAUACUUGUAUCAAUGCCUUAUAUAUACUCUUACUCAUCAAAAAAAAAGAAGGAAUUUGGGUCUGAGAAAAUUAGAAAGAUGGAUUCCAAGACAGUAUUUU